CCUUAUGGAUGCUCUGAGUGUGGGAAAUGCUUCAUUGAUAGUUCAACCCUCAUCUCACAUCGUCGAAUCCACACAGGAGAGCGGCCCUACACAUGCUCUGAGUGUGGGAAAAGCUUUUGUUGGCACUCACAGCUUAUCACACAUAUUAGAAUCCACACAGGAGAGAGACCCUACACAUGCUCUGAGUGUGGGAAAAGCUUUUGUUGGCACUCACACCUUAUCACUCAUUGUAGAAUCCACACAGGAGAGACGCCCUACACAUGCUCUGAAUGUGGGAAAAGCUUUAAUCAGCACUCACAGCUUAUCACACAUAUUAGAAUCCACACAGGAGAGAGACCCUACACAUGCUCUGAGUGCGGGAAAAGCUUCAGUCGGAGCUCACACCUUAUCACGCAUCAGACAAUCCACACGGGUGAGAAACCUUAUGGAUGCGCUGAGUGCGGGAAACGCUUCAAUCGGCACUCACACCUUAUCACACAUAGAAGAAUCCACACUGGGGCGAAACCUUAUGGAUGCUCUGAGUGCGGGAAACGAUUCACUGAUAGUUCAGCCCUCAUCUCACACCAGCGAAUCCACACAGGAGAGACGCCCUACACAUGCUCUGAGUGUGGGAAAAGCUUCAAUCAGCGCUCACACCUUACCACACAUCAGACAAUCCACACAGGUGAGAAACCUUAUGGAUGCUCCGAGUGUGGAAUACGCUUCAAUCGGAGCUCACAGCUUAUCACCCAUCGAAGAAUCCACACAGGAGAGAAACCCUACACGUGCUCUGAGUGUGGGAAAUGCUUCAAUCGGAGCUCAAACCUUAUUAGACAUCAGCGAAUCCACACAGGAGAAGUGCCCCACACAUGCUCAGAGUGCAGGAAAAGCUUUAAUCAGAGCUCAGACCUUAUCAGACAUCGUAGAAUCCACACAGGAGAGACGCCCUACACAUGCUCUGAGUGCGGGAAAAGCUUCAAUCGGAGCUCAAACCUUAUCAGACAUAGGAAAAUCCACACAGGAGAAAGGCCCUACACAUGCUCUGAGUGUGGGAAAAGCUUCAAUCGCCCCUCUGCCCUUAUCACACAUCGAAGAAUCCACACAGGAGAAAGGCCUUACACAUGCUCAGAGUGCGGGAAAAUCUUUAGUCAGAGCUCUGCCCUGAACACACAUCGUAGAAUCCACACAGGAGAGAAGCCAUACACGUGCUCUGAGUGCGGGAAAAGCUUCAAUCAGAGCUCAAACCUUAUCAAACAUAGGAAAAUCCACAUGGGU